CUUGGUCAAGUUAGCCAUAGAAUGGACUUCUCCUGUGCCCAAAGGGGAAAAACGUACUCAUGCUGAAGAUAACAUAGUGGAUGCCGUGAAGCGCGCCAAAAUCACGCAGGUGUCACCACCGCAGCUGGCAGACCCAAAAUAUUACAGAUCCUUGAACAAAGACCCGGAGGAAUGCGUCAUCGAACACCGUCGUGUCUAUAACUCCAAGGAACCUCUUGAUCGCGAGCUUUCUCACUUCAUGGAUGACUUCCCUCCGAUCUCACUUCAGUAUGAAGGAUUUGGUUGCUUCCUUGACAUCUUCCGUGGGUACAAGGGUGUUCUGGGCACGGAGAACGUGUCAUCCCAACAGUUACGAUCGGCUGUCGACAAAUUCGCGGAAUUCAUGUCGCUUGUCUACGAGGAUGAACAAGCCAGAAUGGAGGAAGGCUUACUUGCUUUGAAUAAGAUAUUUUCUGCGCGUACCGAUGGCCUCUCUUUUACGUUAAUGGCCACCAACAUUGACAAGAACAGCCACUCAGGUGCGUGUGUCCUCGGACCACACGGAGCAGGGUACUGCAUCACCGAGUUCAAAAAUGAGGCCAGUGUCUCAGCUAUCCCGCACGUAGAAAUGGUUGGCUAUUUCGCUCAGACAAUCAAGACAGCAGUGGAGAAUGGUCUUUCUCCUUUAGUGAUGAGUGGUUGGAGCUUACCAUGUCUUGGGCUAACCAUUAUCGGUUACACUGUCACGUUUUAUGCUAUGAUUUUUCUCGGUCGAUGGCGGGUGGUUAACCUGACGCCGGGACUGUCGUGCCUUUGGGCUUCGGGUGACGGUGACGACCGGAUCGCACUCUACAACGCCUUCACAGCGGCCUCUGUCCUCCUUGCUCGCAUCAGCCAAGAGGCCAUGCAGGUGAUUGACAAUCCCCCCCCUGCGAUUGAAGAAAGCCGCCGCAAACUACCUCCUAUUACUAGCCUGCGCAGUCCUGACUCCGGCUCCCAAAUCGAGUUCAAAAUUGUCGAUUUUUUUUACGACCGAGCUCCUGACCGCCACCUGUACGUCGCAGAGACAACUGAGGGCCAGCAAAUCUUGGUCAAAUUUACACGCCGUUACUCGUAUGAAUUGCACAAGUUUUGUGCGGAUCGUAAACAUGCGCCCGCUCUUUUGGGCUUCCAGAGGCUCCCCGGAGGCUAUUUCGGCAUUGCAAUGGAGUAUCUGAAGACCGCUACACCGAUUUCGUUAUUUCGACAUGUCGAAAAACACAGUGAAUGGGCUAAAGAGCUGUGGGAGCUUGUUAAUUCUUUCCAUGCCGAAAACCUUGUUCAUGGGGACUUGCGGUGCCCGAACAUCGUCGUCUGCGAUGGAAAUAGGGCAAUGUUGGUCGACUUUGACUUUGGUGGAAAACAGGGGGAGGUAUUUUACCCAGAAGGUCCGCUUAACAUUGACCUAACUGCUGGACGGGGCAGCACAGAUCUGAAGAUUACCAAGGAUGAUGAUCGUCGGGUCUUGACAAACACAUUGAAGUGUGUGCGGAUGAAAUGA